AUGGCCAGUUGUCAACCAAGUUCCCUGUCUGAGGACCUUAGUCCCCAGCUGAGCUCCUCAGGGUUGAUAGAGGAUGAAGAAAUCCCAGGACCAUCAGCCCCCUGGGUAGAGCCUAACCCCCCGCCUGAGUCUCCUGGCUGGAAGAGGGAUUGGUUAACAGCAUUAGAGGAGGAGAUAGCCGCAGAGGCUGAGGACAUCUGGGUCGUAGAGUCACUAAGCGGGCUCAAGAUGAAGCUGAAGAAGCAGCGGGUGUCAUCUGUGCUGCCUGAGCAUCAUGAAGUCUUCAACAGGCUGCUUGAGGAUCCUGUUGUUAAAAAAUUCCUGGCCUGGGACAAAAACCUGAGGGUCUCUGACAAGUAUCUCCUGAGCAUGGUCAUUGCUUACUUUAGCCGGGCUGGCCUCUUUUCCUGGCAGUACCAGCGGAUCCAUUUCUUCAUAGCUCUCUACCUGGCCAGCGACAUGGAAGAGGACAACCAGGCCCCCAAACAAGCCAUUUUUUCGUUCCUCUAUGGGAAGAACCGCACCCAGCGCCCAUUGUUCCACAAGCUAAGAUUUCAAUUCGUCAGAUCCAUGGGCUGGAAGACAAGGGUUUCCAGGGAAGAGUGUGAAGAGAUCCAGGCUUAUGACCCGGAGCACUGGGUGUGGGGGCGAGAUCGCACCCUCAUUCCCUAG